AUGGACUUCUCCCAGUUCACCCCCGCCGAGCAGGCGCAGAUGUCCAAGGUCAUCGAGCGUAAGCAGAUGCAGGACUUCAUGCGUCUCUACUCGGGUCUCGUUGAGAAGUGCUUCAACGCCUGUGCCCAGGACUUCACCUCGAAGGCUCUCACCACCAACGAGUCGACCUGUGUCCAGAACUGUGCCGACAAGUUCCUCAAGCACUCGGAGCGUGUCGGUGCUCGCUUCGCCGAGCACAACGCCGAACAGAUGAGGCAGUAA